AUGGGCGGGUACGAUCGGUUCCCGCUCGCAGCCUCCGUCGCGGGCCCGACGCAGCCCGUACCGGUGACGCCCGCGGCGCACAACAAGCACCAGACGAUGCGGGCGUCCAUCGAGCGAGCAGCCGCGAUUGACAAGGACUCGGGCGCUUCAGCCGCCCCGACUUGGAGCGUCGGCGAGGCGCUCGCGUCCCAGUACACCGGCGUGCCCACCGCGGCGGAGACGGCCGCGGCCGCGCAGCACGCGCCGACGGGCGUGGCACGGGAGUCGGUCCCCGGGAUGGCCAAAUCCGUCGCGGACAGCAUGGGCGGCAUAGAGGACCUUCGCAAGGGCCGCGAGUACGCCGUCGCGUGGGAGCUCGAGGUUUGGAAGCAGGCGCAAGAGGCCAAGUGGACGGCGCACAUGCGCCAGAAGGAGACGGAGCGCAUGGCCGUCCUCGAGGGCGAGUGGCGCCGACGUGAGGCGCAGCGCGAGAGCGACCACCGUCGCAUGCGCGAGGACACCGCGGCUCUCGAGAAGAAAUUAGCCGCCGCGGUGGCGCAGGUGGAGGAGCGCGAGCGUAAGCUCAUCGCCGCGGAGGAAUCCCUGAGCGUCCGGCGCGAGGCUGAGCGCAGGGAGAUGGCGCAGCGGAUGUCCGAGGCGCAGCACGCGGUGCGACGGCUGCAGCAGGAGUGCGAACACCAGCUCGAGAUGGAGCGCGGUCGAGGCGCGGAUGUCGAGCGGCAAAAGAAGGCGUUGGAGGAGCGCGUCGAGGAGGCUAACGCGCGCGCCGCCGCCGUGGAGCGCGCGUUCCACGGGUACAAACGCGCGCACCUCGAGUCAUCCGAGGCGACGCUCCACGCGGAGAUCGCCAGGCUCCAGCAGCAGCGGUCGGACGCCGAGCAGACGGCGCACGAGGCGGUGAAAUCCCGCGACAGGUUCAAGACGCAGAUCCAAAAGAUGGCCAAGCAGGUGGUGGCGCUGGAGCGCGAACGGACGUACCUGCGCGCCGCGCUCUCCGCGGUGGGCGGCGGCCAAGAGGUUCGCCUCCCGGUGGGAACCACGCACCCCAAGCCGAGACCCGCGCCGUCCAGGACCGACUUUAUGUCGGACCUCUUUGGCGGCGCCGACGAAAACGCGGCGCCGAGCGUCGGCAAAAACGGUCAAUCAUCCACACGCGCGUCUGACGAUAACUUCCUCCAGGAGUUUAGGGAUUCCAUCGCCGCGCUCGAGGCGGAGGCGGCUGAGGCUGAGCGCGUGGGGCACGUGUCCCACGGCGCCGCGCGGCAGGCGGCUGCGGCGAAGGCCCGGGAGGAGAACGAGCCCUGGCGACCCGCGGGCGCGUCCCCGGCCAAGCCACCAAAGUCGCCGGGCAGGUCCAAAUCGCCGGGCAGGUCCAAGUCACCGGGCAGGAGCGUGCGCAGGAGCCUCGCGGCGGAGACCGAGGAGGCGUCGACCAAGGGCGGCAAGUCCCCGUCCGCGCUCGAGCAGCUUCGCGCGAGGCGCGCGGCUUCGAGGCGGGAGUCCCCCGCGAAGGACCUCGGCGAGCCCGACCCGUCCUGGUCGUACGGGAGCGAGUCGGGACUGAAGGCUCUCUUCGCGGAGGCUGAGGCGGAGGAGGCGGCGCGCGAGGCGGCGCGCGAGGCUCAGGAGGCGUCCAGGGAGAGGCGGACCGCCGCCGCCGCCGCCGCCGAGCGGGAGAAGGAUGCCCCCAUCGCGGUUGAGCCCGAGCCUGAGCCGUCCCCCGAGCGUCCCAAGCAACCCGUCACCGCGGCGAGCCUCGCGGAGAAGAGGUCGCUGGAGAAGGAGGUGCGCCGGCUGGUAGCUGAGCGCACGGAGCUUAUGGCGACGGGGGCGUACACGUCCUCGGACAGGGUGGUGGCGAUGAUCGACGAAAAGAUCGCCGAGCUCACCAAGGCUGUGGCUCGAUGACUCGGAGGUGUACAUACUUGAUUUAAUACGGGUUACACAGAACCUAAAUCGAUGCUC